AUGUUUCGAAGGCACAGGCCUAGUGAUACUAGCGCAGUUAAGUCUAGGAAAAAGUUUCUAAGUGAAAAAGAAAGUACUCAUAAAAUAAAGCACUUGAAGAUUCUGAUAGAUACCCUACCAGAUGAUGAACUUCAACCAUUUUUCGUUGAAAAUUCGUCCCUAAUAUUCCUAGUGUUUAGUGAUUGUUUCUUCAGUUUAGAGUGGGAUGUCAAAUUAAAGGGAAGCAGUAAUUGUAUCAAAGAUUUGGAGGUAGUGCUUACAGUAUUUGAGAAAGUACUGUUAUUGUUGCCGGAACAUAUCCACCAAAGAUGGCAGCAUAACUGUAUCAUUGAAGUAAUUGAAGAUCUCCUGUACGAAAAGAAUGCGCUCAAUAUCCGUAAAAGGGGAAUCAGGCUAUUUUUAAUAUGGUAUCAAAUACUUGGCUUAAAUGCGACAUCUGUCUGCCACAGACUUUUCUACAAUCUGGUCCCUGAAUUUGGCUCACUAAUUGCAGAAUAUCAAAAGCGUGAAAAAUGUGAUCAGCUCAAGCACAAUCAUCUUCAGGCUAGAAAAUUCUCGACGGAUACACGUGGGCAAGUGAUGCAAGAGUCAAGAUCCUCGAAUGUUGUUGCCCCGCGCGAACGCGUCGCACUCCUAACUGCCGCUGCUCUAGGAGAGGAUGAAUCGUCUGACGAUAAAUCCCUAGUCCUGCUUCGGGCACUUCUGUGUUUCCUUGUCUCAGAAUCCUUCAAGGUCGAGUGGUCGCAACUUCGGUAUGAGCAGCAUUUAAUGCAGCUAUGGUUUCUGUUCGAAAAGUUAAAACAUUCGUACCUCCCCGUUAUUUUUCCAUGUUUAUCUCCUUUAUACUCAAUAUAUUCGCCCUCGAUUUCAUCCCAAGCGAACAACACAGUCCCAUUAACUUCAAAUAUUUUACAGGAUUACCCAAUCCAUCCAUCACGUCUUUCCUACUAUCAGUUAGAAUUCGCCUGCUGGUUGGCAACUUUUGUAUAUACUGGUCCACGGGAAUCAAGUCAUGCUAUCUCUUCAGACGGUGGCUUCGAUUCAAAUUUUACUACCCAUGGUUCUGUAGUUGGUACUACUGGCCCAUCUUUUAACCUGGCUGGCAGUUUCCCAUGGGAUACACAUGGUGAUCCAAACGACUUUCUUCUUUCUCGACAUUUCCGCUCAUUCAUAGGUUGUCCUGGUCAUGGUGAAUUCGAAUCUGGAUCAUAUUCAAAGGUUAACAGUUACUCCAAACUUUCGAGUUCCCCACCCGGUCAAGCAUCAGUUUAUCUACGAAAUGGCGACGAGAACUUUGUCCAGGAACCAACUAACCAGGCUGCGCUAAACCUCUCUCCUAAACCAAACAGUUAUCUACUCAAAGAUACUGUUGUAAUUCCUUCCACUGUUCAAACAUCACCACUUCCACAAAAAUUUAUUUUCACUGAACUAUUUUUCAAUUACGAUGAAAAAGUCGUUUCUAUGGUUCAUGAAGUGUUAUAUGGAUGUAGACAAAAUAUUGAUUUGGUACAGGAUAUUUUACAUCAGGCAUUGCUACUUCCUUUGGAAUGUCACAAAGCUCUUUUCUUUAUCGUUACAGUUUAUGGUUCGUGGUUGGAAAACAAACACAAUCGCCCAAUUUUUAUGCAAGCUUUAGAUAGUCCAAUGAAAUGUAUUAAUCUGCCAGUGAAACCACAAGUAAACGCAUGUUCAACAGAACACAGUCAAAUGCUUAAAACGAAUGGCCGUAUGAAUGAUCCCAAACAAAUUCAACAGUCGCAAAUUGAAGAUUGUCCUAUUGAUCUGACUAUAUCUAAGGAUGAUGUUGGCGUCAAUGAUCCAGAAGAAUUAAAAGGUUGUUUACAGAAUACAAUUCAGAUUAUGCUGGAAAAUAUGGCCAAUAUAUUUUAUGCCAGUAGUUUAAAUCCUAACUUAUCGGAAUCACAAAAUACAAACAAAAUCAGUACAACUGGAACAGAUUAUACAAAAUAUCAAAUUGAUUUAUGCCGUUUAGUGUUACAGAUUUUUCAAUUUGCUAGUAACAGUAAUGAGUUAACUUCAGAGACCUGGUCUAAAUUAUUGUCCAUCCUAAUGGAUAUAAUGCGCAAAACAAUGGUUAAUACUUCGCCAAAUAAUGUUCAGAACUACAAAUGGUUAUCAAACAAUAAACUUACACAGAAUCUUUUUCAGACUUUAAAUGGUGCUUUAUUACGUGCAUCUCUAUUUUCUACAAUAUCUUCAGAGUCAUGGGACCAGUGUUUAAAUGUUUACUCUCAGUUAAGUCACUGGCCAUCACUGAUAAUCGAAUGGAAGAAAGUUAUGCGAAUGUUAACAUGUACAAUGUCUAAAUUGGUAUAUGGUGUAGAUUUGUCAGAUUUACCUCAAGAAAAGAAAGGACCUCGAAUUAAGCGUUUAGCAGGUUCUACUAAUCCAGCUACUAGAACUCGACCGAAAUCAUUGACUGAAGCAGCGUUGAAUUAUCAUAAUGACAAUACUAUUAUUACUACUACUACUACUACUAAUAUUACUGCUACUACUACUACUACUACUACUACUACUGCUACUACUGCUUAUAAUAGCGGUAGUUUAGCAACCGUUUUAUCAUCACCUCCUGCGCCUUAUGCUAGUGCAUUAUCGGUUUUAAGUAUUCAUCAAAAUUCACUCGACGAUGAUAAUUUGGCGUUAAAUACUGAUUCCAUUGAACUACAUUUAUCAUCACAGGAGAAUUCACAAAAACAAUUUGCUACGUAUAAUGAACUGAAAGCAUCAAGAAAUGAUAAUAAUACUAGGCCAUGCAUUGAAAAAUGGACUUUUGACCCUGGAUCCUCUGAAAACUAUGCAUUGGAUAAUAAUAGUAAUGGUAAUGUAGUGCAUAGCUAUAUCUCUUCUAAUGUAUCUUCAAUUAAUGGCACUCAUGAUGAGUCGAACUCACAGGUGUUAAGUAAUGAUUUAACAGAGGUAUAUGGUAAUCAUGAUCUGCAUAGUUCACGGUCUAUUUCUCAUGAAUUAUCAAAUCAAAAUGAAUCAAAGCGAUUUAAUGUAACCGUUAAAAGUGAAAUAUCGAUAUCAGAAAGUAGACGUAUGUCAUCUGUAAGACGUGCAACAAGUGAAAUCACGCUGGAAGUUGUUAAGUUUGAUCUCGAUUCACCUCAGAGUCCAGUGACAACUUAUUUCGAUGAAAGUAUUGAUGUAGGUACUUCAAAUAUUCCUAGAUCAUGUGAUAUACUAAGUGAUGAACAUUCCACGUUAGAACCAAAUCGCAAAGAUACAUUGACUACUGUACCUUCACGAGUAGUUUCCACUACUAAUGAGACUUCAAAAUUACCUUCAACUGCAUCAAACGAUCAACUCGACGCAGCAGAUCUACCUCGCUGUAUUCUUGCUGGUGGCUCAGCUCUUGGAUGGACUCAUGAAUCAGUUGUUAUUUGUUGGCGUCGAUUUUUAGGUAUCCUAGGCAGUCUUCAUAAAAUUAUUAACCCAACAACAAUGAAUGAUAUAUUCAACUAUUUAAAUGAAAUGACUUCAUGUCUUUUAAAAAUUAGAGCAUAUCAAAGUGUUCCUUCUGUAACCGAGACGUGUGUACAACCAAUUCCACAAUUUGUACCACCUGUGAAUUUUAUUGCACCAAUAUUAUUUAAUACAAUGAGUCUUUCUGAAGAAUUUAUAGAAGCUAAAAGAAUUGCUAUACGUACACUAAGUGAUAUAGUUAUACGUUCUCAUGAUGGAUGUCCUGACCCAGAAUUAAUUGCUCAUUUUUACCAUCUUAUUCAUCAAAUAAGCGUCGCAAAACAAGAGAACUAUGUCUUCGAAGUUAUCCGGUCAUGUAAUAUGCGUUUGUUUGGGUCUUCACUUCCAUCUACACACUUACUCAUACUAGAUUUCUUAAGCGAUGUCAAUAUUGUUUUAUCAAAUCCUAACUGUGGCACGGAAAUUCCACGUUCUGAAGCGAUAUCCAUUAUAUUAUCCCUACUAUGUUAUCCUUAUCAUUUUAAUCAUCUUGAAUCAAUCGAUCCGAUGUCAAUGAAAGCUAAAACUAUUUUGUGUAUAGAUUUAACAUCAAAAUUGGUUCGCAGUUUAAUACAAGCUGUCUUGUCAGAUCCGUCUGGAGAGGUUCGAUGCCUGGCUAUUACUGGUCUAUCAAUUUAUUGUGUCAUUGAACUGGUGAAUUCAUUUUCAAAGGAAUCAGGAACUGUAUCAUCUGUCAGUUUUACAUCAAUGGACAAUUUGUUUUUCGAAUCUAUCAUAAUUUUAUUGGGAAUGAUGCGGUUUCAAAAUAGGGCUGUAUCUAUCGUUGCAGUUGAGAUGAUCAAUACGCUCGCUGAAUAUUGUCAUCUUCUGCUAUAUCGUGAUGCGAAAUUACCCUCCCUAGUGUUGUUGUCACUUGCAUGGACUUUAUAUUCUACGUGGGACAAUACAAAUCUUGACAGUAUGUCAUUAACUGAUAAACAGUUCUUUCAUAGUCUUAUUCAAUCAAUUAUCGAAUGGUCUAUCCGUAUACCGUAUGAUCAAUUAAUAAAGAAUUUUGAAAAUAAAUCAGAAUUAAAAUUAUUACCGGCAUCGAAUUUAUUAGAUACAAUAAUUGAAGUGUUAUGCUUCAUUAUAUCGAAUAAUACAAAUUCACAAACUUUAAUGAAUUCAGUACAAAAUUCCAAUUAUCCUCAAUCUAAAUACUUAUCAAGUAUUAACUUUACAGAUCCUUUAGGAGAAUACAUUAAUAUAUAUAAACAGUCAAUUGAUAUUAAUUUAUUCAAUGCUCCAAAAUCUGACCUAGAUCUAUCCACAAUGACAGCAAAAUCUUGGAUUGUAGCUAACGCAGAGAAUAGUAUGAUUCUAUAUCAUUAUAAUGAAGAUAUGAAUAGUGCAAUGGAGUCAGUACGACUAGCAGCACGAAUGGCAAUGAGUCAUUUACUCAAUCAUAUAGACCAGUUUCCAAUGUCGAAACAAUGUGUACAACUGAAUACAUCCAUACAAGAACGUCAUGAUCAGUCAUCCCAUAGUAUAUCAUCUGCUCAAAAACAAUUCGCUACUAACAAUCAUAAUAAUAUGGAUGAUUUAUCCGAAUUAACAGCGGAGAUUUUUGAACGAAAUAAUUUACAAAUAUUUGUGUUAGAUCGUUCAAUUAUAUUGACAUUCCUAUCAUUACCCAUUGUGAAACUGCCUGACCAAUUGAGAAAGAUCAAUGAUAACUUAUUACCUACUACAGUUAGUAGUGAUAAGGACAAUACUGAACUACAAGUACUCGAAUUCAACAAUUCCACCUAUUCUUAUCUACCAUUAUCAUAUUUAAAUUCUAACGAUGUCGAAGUGGAUUCAUCAAAGUCUAGUUUGGUAACAGAUAAAUUCUAUACAAGAAUUAUUACACGUGAUCUAUCUGGUAAAUAUAGUUGGGAUGUUUCUUAUUUAUAUGCUAGUCUAGUUGAUAUGAAAGAAAAACAGGAAACUCAACAAUUGAAUGAACUUACAAAUACUAAUUUAGGACUGGUUGAUUCUGAUAAUUCGAAUUCACACUUGAUUACACGCGAUCCACCACCAUGUCCUCCCCCAAGAGUAAAUCCGCCCCCACUGACAACUAACAGGUUAACACCAAAUACAAUUGAUCAACUCGAUCGGCUAAGUGACGUUCUAAGAGAUUUAGCAAUAACUAGUCCAGAAUGUUCAAUUAACUGGUGCACAUCAAAGCUAUGUGAAUAUGAAAAUUCGAAAAAUAUUUCUGACAAAGAAAAAACCGCUUGUUUGAAUAUGGAGAAAGUGACAUGUGAUCAGAUUACUGCUCAAUAUCAAAUAGAUGAGAAUGUGAAUCAUCGAAAGUUACCAGAUAUUGAUGUAUUAUCACUAUAUAACUCUCAUAUAUCUUUACCAAAAACUGGUUAUAGAAAUUCUCUGAAGUAUACAAUACGUUCAUUGAUCAAUGAUAAGAAAAUAAAUGUUCAAGAAUUAGAAUCAAUGAAACAAAAUACUUUACAAUUUUAUAAUUCGCGUCAUUUAUUAAAUCAACUAGGUUAUUUAUCUUGGAAGCAUAGACCUACCGUUGAAUUAUUACAAAUAUCUCCAGCUCUUAUACGUGAAUUAAAACAUUUGGAUCAUCUUGGAUCGCGCGAAACUCAUAAACUUGCUAUAUUCUAUGUUGGAGCAGGACAAGAAGAUAAACAGUCUAUUUUAUCAAAUCAAACGGCUAGUUUAGAAUUUGAAAAUUUUGUAGCUGGUCUUGGCUGGGAGGUUGAUUUACUUAAACAUAAAGGAUUUCGUGGUGGGUUGGAAUGUAGUGGACGUGCUGGUUUAUCCACACCAUAUUAUGCAACAUCUACUUUAGAAGUUAUUUUUCAUGUUUCAACAAGAAUGCCUUCAUCUACUCAAGAAGAUUUAAAGUAUAAACAUUUGGGAAACGAUGAAAUUAUGAUUAUAUGGAAUGAGAAUUCACGUGCUUUUAGACGAAGUAUAUUACGUACACAAUUCGGCGAUGUAUUAAUCAUUAUUUCACCUUUACUUAAUGGAUUGUUUAAAGUUGAAGUACGACGUGAAGCCCAGGUUGGUUUAUUUGGACCAAUUGUGGAAAAUGCUAUUUUAACUGCAAAUGUUCUACCAGGUCUAGUCCGUGCUACAGCUAUUAAUGCUAGUCGUGCUGUUCAAGCUACUAAACCGGGAUAUCGUCAUCCAUAUGAGGAUCGUGCUUCAAGUCUACGACAAAUAAUAUCCAAGUAUACAUUGUCAACAUGCUUUGAAGAAUACGCUGAAUCGAUACUUUUGCCAAAUUCAAAAAGUGUGCACCGCAAUCAAUCAAAUUUAUCGUUCAAUCGAGGUGUAGUCAAUAAAUCAAGCGGUGUAAAAUUUUCUUCUGUUUCUCCCACUACACAAGAAACUUAUCAUAGUUAUUCGCAAAACUCAGCUUCUGAUCUUGCUCCUAAUGAUAUAACUAAUAAUAAUAAUGCUCUAAAAUACACUGAUGAUGUUGCACAAACACCUAGUGUCCGACAGAGACAACAAACUGUUUCUUCAUAUCGUGCAACAAGUGCACAUUCAAGAACAUCAUCAGUGACCCGUGCUAAAAGCAUGUUUUCGCGGCAUCAUAUUGAUAAUGUAAACACUAAACCUAUUUCUGUCAUUUCUCAACCUUCAUUGAAAACCAAUUCUGCAACACUUCAUCACCAUAACGAAACUCCCGAUAUGUAUAAAGCAAAUGUGUUUAAUUCAGUACCUAGUCCACGAUUGUUUCGAGGAUUAAGAUCUCGUCAACAUAGUGGCUCUAAUAAAAUAAAUUAA